AUGGCGAUGGCUCUCCAAGGUGGGAGAGCGGAGGAAGAAGUGAGGAAGGGGACCUUCGCGUCCACCGAGGGCCCCUUCCUCUACCGCUUCAAAGCCAAGCGCCUGACCUGGAAGAAACGGCACUACAAUGAAGUCCUUGUCAUGGCGGACCGGCGGAAACUCAUGGAGACGCUGCAGGAAGUGAUCGACUCACCUGACAAGGAGUUCCCCCGCCCUUUUUGGGAGGUUCUUUCCAAGAGGUGUAUCAAGUCCAUGCACCUUCUCGAACCACUCGAGCUGGCCAUCCUCGCGCGGGCAUUCGAUCUUCACCAGCCGGAUCUCCACAAGAGCAUGGAUAUCUUCCAACCCUUAGCCACCCAGGUGCGGAGCAGCUGCAGCUUUGUUCCAGGCAUGGCCGUCAUUGCCUUGACGCAGAUCCUCCCGCGACGGCUUCGCAGCACAAAGGAAGAGCUGGCCGAUCUCAUGAGGUUCUUUUCGAGGCGCGCGGCCGACUGCAUGUGGGAGAUACCGCUGGACUUUGCGGUUCGGCUCUUGCAGGAGCUGUCGGCAUCGGGCGUGAACGAUGCCGCCCUUUGCCGCCGCGUUUCCCAGAAGUUGCAAGCCCGCCUGCGCCAAGACGCGCUGGCAGGCCUUCCGCAGAACCUUCUGGGUCUUCCUGGCCGGGCGGCAGCGGCCAUGGCGGACCAAGAUUUCCGGGAUCUGGAACUUUUCCGCUGCCUUGUGGAUGCUGCGGCGCGCGGGCUCGAAGGCCCUGACGUGGUCGAGGCGCAGAACUCAGCACGCGCUGUGCUGAAAGGCGUGGCCUGGCUGAAGUUGGAGCUGCCUGAGGCUCAGGCCCUGGAAGAGGCCCUGAAUGAAGCGCAGGACCCGGUAGUGCGACGCGUCUGCCCCUCCCAGGUGGUGCACCGCCAGAUCUGGGUGCCACCCUUCGGCGCCGUGGCCCUGAUCUUUGCCGCCGAAUCAGUAGCGGCGGCCAAGCAAGGCAAGUUGAUCUGCCGAAAGACCGUCGGCAACCGGGCGCUGAAGGCCUGCUCGGGCGUAGCCACAGCCUGUGUUUGCACCGUGGCCCUGGCACAGCUGUGUGGCAGCCCUACCUUGAUGCGCACCAUCGUGAUGUUCGCUGCCGCCUACUCCAUGGUGCUGAACCCAGGCGCGGACUACUUCCCGCCAGCCGGGGCGCUCUGCGCCUUGUUCGUGGAGAAGGCGGUGGUUGUUGGCAAGCCCUCUUUGCUGCCCGGCUUCGAGUAUGCCCUCUUCCCUUGUGCAGUCGGUGUCGGGCUUCUGCUCCUGUUUUCACGGCUGAUCGCCUUCGUGCUGGCACGCGCGCACUGGGCACUUCUGCCUUCCAGGGACGCCCAGGACCGGGAGCCGUUGCUAUCGAAAGCGUGA